GCCACUGCCUUCAACGAUCCAGUGGAAUAUGUCAUGAAAGCACAUCGAUGGGCCGGUUUACAUGAUGGGAAGAACAGACGACAGAUAAACCAUGACACAUCUGAGUGGAUUCCUCGCGAGGCCAAACGUGUCUGUGAAAGGAUACCAAUGAAAUGGGCAUACGAGUUCAUAGAAACGGAUGGACCAUCUAAAACUUCAGCUGAUCACGACUUUAGCACCUGGGCUGAGACUCGCACGCUACUUGAGCUCUGA